GGCUCCUCCGUCACCUCCUCUAUGCCUAUAAAAAAUCGAUUUGUGUAAACUUUUUUAUUUUCCUCUAAUUACAUUUUCCUCAAAUUACAUUUGUCAUUCUUCACCACUUCACAAUUAGACUCAUUUCAUCAUGGCUCCUGUUAUUUCAAAGAUCUACAUCUAUCCUAUCAAGUCGUGCAAGGCUGUCGAGUUGGAGGAGUCGCAGCUCUCCAAGUACGGUCUUCUGCAUGAUCGCGUCUUUUUGGUUGUCGAUCCUGAAACUAACAAACAAAGAACCAUGCGAGAGCUUCCUUCGAUGACAUUGAUCGAACCGAAGAUUGUUGGCAAUGAGCUUGUUGUUAUCGCUGCAGACAAGACCUUGACUCUUCCCUUGGUCCCUGACAUCAGCAAGUACGAGAAGCGCACCGUUAACGUCUGGGGAGAUUUACUUGAGUCCGCUGAUCUUGGUGAUGAAGCAGCUCAGUUCUUUACCGAUUACUUAGGCGUCCCUUCCCGCCUCGUUUACAAAUCGCCUCACCAUAAGCGCCCAGUUAUCGAGCAUGCGCCUGGUGUUGCUGAAAUUGGUUUUGAGCCUGAGACUGCGUUUGCUGAUAACUACCCCCUCCUCUGCCUUUCAGAAGAGUCGAUGGUGGAUGUUAACACUCAUUUGGAGAAGCCUGUCUCACAUCUCAACUUUCGCCCUAACCUUCUCAUCUCAGGUGUUUCUAAACCUUGGGAAGAGGACACCUGGUGUACAGUCGACAUUCGCGGAGUGACUUACUACUUUACCUGUCGCUGCACACGCUGUGACAUGCCUAAUAUUGAUCCUGAGACUGGCAUCAAGGACAAGCUUCAACCUCAGAAAACCCUGCAGAGUGUUCGCCGAGUUGAUAAGGGCAAGAAGGCCAAAUUCUUCGCUUGUGUUGGAAUCAAUGCAGUACCUAAUACCCAUUCAGGCGAGAUCCGCGUAGGCGAUCUUUUGGAGGUCAAGGAAGUCUUUGAAGGCGAGCGCAUGCGUACUGGCGCUUCUGGAUGGUCCACCAAGGCAGCUGCAGUUGUUGCUUAAAGCAUUAUGAGUGAAAAUCCAUAGACCUGAAUCAAAAUGCAUAUUUAUAGCACAGGUACAAAAAAUUAGUA